AUGGUUCAAAUUACCACCGGACUAGGUUCUACUAGCGGUACUUUGACAGCUGUAACAGCCAAAGCUCCUUCAAGUGGCGGAGUUGUCAUUGGCAGUGGGGAUGCUACGGCUGGAGUAAGUGGGGAUAUUGCACUACAAAGUGGCUCCAGCUCUAGUUUCUCUACUGGAACCGUUCGCGUGUUGGCUGGAACUAGCACUUCCCUGAAUGGAGGAGACGUUGUCAUUAAGUCUGGCGAAGGGUCUACCCACGGCGGAAACAUCGACAUAGUUAGCGGGGCCGCAUCUGCACCAACCGGAAGUGGUGGACACGUGACAUUGAAGUCUGGCGGUGGGGACAUAGUUGUUUCAGGAACGGAUGCGGCUGCGUCUCACAUGAGUGUAUCAGGUGAUGGAUCAGUGAGUGUUAAGGCAGACACUUCGUCAUCCAUGGAGAUUCGCGGCGGGGACAGCCUGAAUAUCAGUGUCCAAACUGGAGAGCUUACAGUAUCUCAUGGGGAAACAAAAGUACCUGGAGGAGUAAUUUGGCGCUUGCAACCGGACAAGAUGAUCAGUCACGUCCCAGCCCAGAUCACCGAGAUCACAUACCCGUCCGAUCGACGAAUUAAGACGGAUAUCGAAGAUGUUGAUGAAGAUGACAUUCUGCAGCGCAUUCAGACUCUUGAAGUAAAAAAAUAUCGUUAUUCGGAGAUGUGGCGCGAGAUUCGAGGUAUCCCUGACGUCACUGUUCGUGGCGUCAUUGCUCAACAAGUGGAAGAAACGUUUCCAGAAUACGUGACAGUUUCAACGCUUACGCUUCCCGAGAAAAACUUCAGUUUGGAGCAAUUUCACGAAGUGAACAAGCAACAAAUCACAAUGGAUUUAAUUGCAGCUAUUCACGCUCAGCACAAACGCUUCAAGGUAGGCCCGAACAGUGAGGCGCAGAGCGGGCGUAUUGACAUCGCCACUGCAGACGCGGGGUCCUACGUAAAUGCUUCUCCGACUGGAAGCAGUGGUGAUGUCAGCAUCGAAACGGGAUCAUCGAGCUACAGCACAAGCGGGGGCAUCUUCAUUUCUACUGGCGAUAGCAUGGCUGGCGAUGGCGGAUCUUUGGUACUUGAAGCCGGGUCUUCCCAAGGAAGUGGUACAGCGGCCGGCAGCGUCGUCAUUGCAAGUGGUGAAAACUUCGAAAAUCCAGGAGAUGUUAAUUUGCAGACACCGGACUCCCGUGGCAGUCGAAACAGCGGAAGUAUAUCUGUGACGACCGGGUGGUCUGCUGUUGGAGAAAGUGGAUCGAUCGCCGUAAGCACCGGUGACUCGUUUGCGGGGUCAAAGGGUACUGUUGAUGUUACCUCUGCGACCACACGCGUU